AUGUCAAAGUCUGAGUCAAAGGGUAUCCCAGAGCCUUUUCGACCCGCCCUUCUCGUCGUGGACGUGCAAGAAGACUUCUGCCCACCCGACGGCGCACUCGCCGUGCCAGACGGGCGCGCCAUCAUCCCGGUCAUCAACGACCUGCUCACGCUGCCCUUCGCGCUCAAGGUCGCGACGAAGGACCACCACCCGCCGAACCACAUCAGCUUCGCGCGCACCCACGGCGGCCCGCCCGCAUUCGCGCCCUUCACGUCCUUCGCCGCGAUCACGAACCCCGCGAACGCGGACGAGGCGUACGCGUCGCGGCUCUGGCCCGUGCACUGCGUCGCGGGCACGCCGGGGAACGCGUUCGCCGCGGGGCUCGCCGCGGGCGCGCUCGAGCGCGUCGUGCUGAAGGGCACGGACCCGCGCGUGGAGAUGUACUCGGCGUUCCGCGCGCCGCUGCGCGACCCGCCGCUCGCGAGCGCGGUGAGCGGACUCGCGGCGCUCCUGCGCGCGGCGGGGGUCACGGACGUGUUUGUGGUUGGCCUCGCGGGGGAGUAUUGCGUGCGCGCGAGCGCGCUGGAUUGUGUGGAGGAGGGAUGGCGAACUUGGGUCGUAGAGGAGGGCGUAAGGAGUGUGGGUGGAGAGCGGGCGUGGAGGGUGGCGGCGGAGGAAUUGCGCGCGAAGGGGGUGGGGAUUGUGGGCGUGGACGGGGAGGAGGUGGGUUGGGUAAAGGCACGCGCGGUCCCGGGGAGCACUAUGCAGGCGGGGGAGGACGCUAAGCAGGAGUGA